AUGGCCGGGCUGCCCCCUAGGAUCAUCAAGGAAACCAAGCGUUUGCUCACAGAGCCAGUUGCUGGGAUUGAAGACGAACCAGACGACAGCAAAGCCCGUUAUUUUUAUGUCGUCACUGCUCGCCCCCAGGAUUCCCCCUUUGAAGGAGGGACUUUUAAAUUUGAACUAUUUCUGCCAGAAGAAUCCCCAAUGGCAGCAUCUAAAGUAUGUUUCAUGACCAAAAUUUAUCAUCUUAAUGUAGCCAACUUGGGAAGAAUAUCUUUAGAUAUUUUGAAAGAUAAGUGGCCGCCAGCACUGCAGAUCCACACAGUUCUGCUAUUGAUCCAGGCUUUGUUAGGUGCUCCUAAUCCAGAUGAGCCAUUAGCAAAUGACUUAGCAGAGCAGUGGAAGACCAAGGAAGCCCAAGCCAGAAAAAGCAAAAGCAUGGACUAA